CUUUGCCUUUCACUCGAAGCUCAAACAGUCGACGCCUGUUUGGCACUUCACACAACAUUUCCGAAACUCGUACAGAAUAGAACACAAGCUUUAUACGAGACAAACGAGAAUAUAGAAAGAAUUUUAUGAAAAAGAAAAACAAAAUUUACUCUAACGAAAUUAUUGUUUUAACAUUUAAUGUUUGACAUGGAUCAGUUCAAUGUGCCCAAGAAGGUCAAUCGACACGUCUUCAAAGCCGUCUCCGCAUUGCAGACAUCGCGAUCGGGCUUCGUAUCUGCCGAGCUGAUCAACCAGCACGUUAAGCGCCAAAUGCGCCGGGGCAAGAAUGUGCCCAAUUUGGAUGAGAUCAUACAUCAGUCGCUGGCCAAUCUGACCAAUCUUGGCGUGCUCGCCUGCACUGGCUCCUCGGAUUAUGCCAUACGGCAUACCAUCAAGUGUGCCACCGAUGAAUAUUCUCUGCUGCCGAUUCCCAUGUGCCAGGUAGAUACCUCGGCAGCAGCAGCAGCAGGAGCAGCUCCUCGCAAGCGAAGUACAUGCUCCAAUCCGGUGCGAGUGAUUAGCGCCGAUUCAGAGGGUAAUGUUAGGCUGAGCACACGUGUACCGCGCAUCAGGAAAGGUGCAGUCAAAGCCGUUAAGCGUGCUCCUGUAUCGAAGACAAAGCGAGUACGUGCUCCGUUUUUGCGCCAAAGAAAGAGUAGCCAACGUCGGCCGUCGAUAAUGUGCCUUGCUUGUCGCUCGGCCGUAAUGGAUUUGGUCAAAAUAUGUCAAAUGAUAAAUCAGUGCAGCAGCAUGGACGCACACGUAACUCCAAGCACACGAGGCACACACAUUGUACCUGAAAACGAAGCUGACUUGCAGCGGGAAUCCCCUAUACCCAUGGCCAUGGAAAUCGAGCCUAAUGUAGUUCCUCAGGUUUCGCCUAUGUACGCACCAAGCUAUGAUAAUACUCAAGGUAAUCACGCCAAUCAUUCUACUUAAAAUGGUCUGGCUUUAAUUUAAUUUAUAUUAGCUUUAAAAAAAAAAAUUGAAAAUAACCCUAAAAAUGUUGGUAUU